AUGCCAGGAGAUAAUCAACAACAAAGUGCCUACAAAUAUCGAAAUACCCGUUAUGGAAUUCAUCAUGAUGAGGCUGGGGCUAAUGUUAAAUCAUCUUCACCUAAACAAUGUGAAGAUCUUUUAGCUGAAAGUCUACCAAGAAUUGAUACAGCUCGUUUAGCGAAUGACCCAUUUUUAGGUACAGUAGCUGGUCGAUUAGCUCAAGAAAUACAUGAUGAAUUUCUUGUUUGUAAAAUAUGCUUCGAUAGUUAUACAAAUCCAAAAUGUCUUGCGUGUUUGCAUACAUUCUGUGCAAAAUGUAUUGAAAAGCAUAUAUCAGCUGAAGUUACUUAUAAUAAGUAUACAGAUUAUCGCGAUUUCACUUGCCCAUUAUGUCGAAAACGUACACAACUUCCAUUAGGUGGUGUUAAACGAUUACCAGAUAAUUUUCUAAUUUCUGGUCUAACUGAUUUAGUACUACGACAAAGAGCAUCAUCGAAUGGUUCAUCAACAGCUACAAUUAUUGGUAGUCCGACUACUUGUAGAAUUAACAAUAGAAUAGAAAAUAGUAGACAAGUAUCAACCACUGUUAACGAAAGUAUUGAUUCAUUACAUCAGUUACCAAAUUUGGACAGGAAGCAAUUACGUUAUGGAGAAUGUGAAAUUUGUUCACAAGUAAGUCGAAUUGAUAGAGGACAUUCAAGUGAACCAUUGAAUAAAACAAAUUCAUCAGAAAUCAAUAGCCUAACUAAUACUAAUGACAAUUAUAACGGUAGUAGUCAACAACGCGCCAGUUCAGCUUGUUUAAAUAUUUCACCAAAAGCAACGUCGAAAUGUUUAGAUUGUAAUAAACUUCUAUGUGAUGAAUGUGUUCAACGACAUAGAAAUACUAAAGUUACUAAAGAUCAUGCGACAUUUGAGUUACAAUCACAUAGUGAUAUUGAAUGUAAAGAUCAUCCAGGUGAAACUGUACGAUUUUAUUGUGAAGCUUGUUCAAUGUGUAUAUGUGUUCUAUGCACAUUUAAUGCACAUCGUGAACAUGAAGUAACAAGUUUUGGUGAAGCUGUUGCAAAAUUACGACAUGAAAUAAGUAGAAAUUUAGAUACUACAUGUCAACGUAUUGGAAAAGUUCAAUCUCAGUUACAUAACGUCCGAGAUGCUGCUAAUAUUAUACAUAGAAUUGAACAAAGAAUUCAUGAUACUGCAGAACAUUUCAUGGAAGAAAUUCAACGACAAGAACAAGAAUUGAUUAGCGAACUGCAUCAAUUUGUUGGUGAACGUAAUAUGCAUCAUAUACAAAAUCAACCAGAUCAAGAACAAAAUAUUGAAAUUGCUGAAAGUCUAUUUAAAAAUAUUGCCAAUUCAUUAGAUAAUCAAGAUAUGGAAUUAUUGUUAAUUCGAUCAAAUCUAUAUGAAAAAAUUACUGAAUUAAAUCAUUUAGAAUUAAUUACAGAUAAAUUUGAUGCAAUUAAAUUGGAAAUAUAUUUCCGAACUGGAGCUGUAAAUCUAGGCUAUUUAACAAAUGAAUCAGCAAUGAAUAAUAUACAUCAUCACGCUGACGAUGAUGAUGAAGAUGAUGACGAAAAUUAUGAAGAUUUAUCUAUGCCUCUAGAAUGUAGUUCAUCUUCGACCUGUUCUAAUACAUCGUCAUCCAUAGAACUGGCUAACAGACCAUGCAUAAAUUCAACAGCUUGUCAAACAGAUAUAAGCUUAACGGACCCAAACGAUCAAUGUAAUUUAACUGUUCAACAGAUUCAACUACCGAAUAAGCAGUGCCGUACACGAGCAUGCAAUACAGAGUUAAUAUCGAUGAUAAAUCAAGAAACAAAUACACGUCCACGUGGUAUUCAUACAAUAAUCACAUUUUCAGAUAUUUCUUCAAAUGCAGCGUCGGAAGAAUUUUUAGCUAAACUUGAUAAAGAAACAAUAAAUUUUGAUGAGAUGGAUAAUCUAACUAGAGCGAGGAUACGUCGUAAACUUCAUGAACGUUUUAACACAGUUGAUCAGAUUUCAAAUGGUGGUAAUAGUAACGGUAUUUUGUGUAAUACGCCACAUAAGUCAUUGCAUAUUGGAUCAAAUGGAACAUCGCCAGCCUCAAUAACUCAGCCAACAAAUGUCAAUAACAAUACUACAUAUAACCAUAACGAUGUUCAUUCAAGACGUUAUAGCUCUUAUGACAAACGUUUUCAUUUCUAAAUACGAUUUCUCUUAUUUGAAAUAUGCAUCCACGUUUCGGUGUUUUAAUGUUUCUUUAUUUGAAGUUUCAUUAAAUUCAUGGACACUUGUAAACAAGUGACAAUAAAUUAUAACCUAG